CAAUCGCAAUACAACUACUGGCCUCUCCCUACACACAAGUGAAAAAACAUGGAGAAAAUGGUUAGGAACAAACAAGUGGUCUUAGUUUCUUAUGCCAAUGAAGGGCCUGUGACGGAUGAUCAUGUGAAAAUCAGAGAAACCCAAUUGAACUUAAAUGCAUGUAAGGAAGGAGAAGUUAUUGUGCAGAAUUUGUUUGUCUCAGUGGAUCCAUAUAUGAGAUGGCGUAUGAAGGAAGAAAUCACAUGGCGUAAGAAGGAAGAAACCAACUGGGGACGCUAUUUUGACAACUUUAAAUUAGACCAGCCCAUCGUUUCUCUUUCUGUUGGGAAAGUAGUUGUUUCUGCCAAUUCUGGGUUUGAAGUGGAUGAUUUGGUAACUGGGAUGCUUGAAGUUGCCGAGUACAGCAUAGUUGUUUCUGUACAAGGAUCAAUGUUGAUGAAGCUUGACCCCAAUUUGGCUCUACCUUCUGAUUAUUUGGGGCCUCUGGGAAUGGUAGGAAUGACUGCUUGGGGUGGUUUACUGCAACUUGGAGAGCCUAAACCUGGAGAUGAAGUGCUAGUUUCAGCUGCAGCAGGGGCAGUUGGGCUCUUAGUGGGGCAGCUGGCUGAAAUCAAAGGCUGCCGGGUUGUUGGCAGUGCUGGUAGUGACCAAAAGGUUAAAAUGUUGAAAGAAGAAUUUGGAUUUGAUGAUGCCUUCAAUUACAAGUCGGAGACAGAUUUGGAUGCAGCACUGUCCAAGUACUUUCCAAGGGGAAUAGACAUUUACUUUGAAAAUGUGGGAGGAAAAAUGUUGGAGGCUGUUCUCAAUCAUAUCAAUAUAAAUGCUAGAAUUCCCGUAUGUGGAAUGAUCUCUCAAUAUAACCAGGAAUGGGAGAAAUGUUAUGGAGUCAGAAACCUUGUAAAUUUGGUAGGGAAAUGUGCGAAAAUGCAAGGGUUUCUUGGUGGAAUGUUUCUUAAUCGGAGUGAGGAAUUUAUUAAGGAGAUGGGAGGGUAUAUGCAACAAGGUAAAAUCAAAUACAAAGAAGAUGUGAAACAUGGUAUAGAAAUCUUCUUAGAAGCAUUCAAUUCUUUGUUUAGUGGGGGGAAUACAGGCAAAGUUCUCGUUCAGCUCACACCCAACUAAUCAGCAUAAUUCGUCUUUCUGAGACUCCGUGGAAAGCUUCUUAUGGCACUGAAAUUUCUUAUAAUAAAACUAGCAUUUGGCUACAGGGAUAGUAAAAUAUAUUCUAAAUAAUAGAUUGGAUGGUGCAAAAUUAAAAGGAAAUGUUCAUGUAUUGAAAUCUUCUGAAUAUAAUAAAUAAAUGAAUGUUUUUUUCCUAAA